AUGGAUCUGACGCAGAUGCACCGACUCAACUUGUUUCCCUUGCUCCAUUGGAAUUUCAUCCACAUGAUCUUCAACCUCUUCGCCGUAACACCACUUAUCGAGCGCUUCGAGUCCGAAUACGGGACACUAGUCACGCUGGCGCUCUUCACCGGGCCUUUCGGAACCAUACCAGGAGGCGUAUACACCUUGUUGGAGAAGUUUGUGCUGAGGAGUAAUACCUCGGUCAUGGGUGCGAGCGUAUGGGUGUUCCUCCUGCUAUCAGCCGAAGUAAUGAAGACACACAAGGCGAACCCCUACUUUAGUGUCGGACCCUACAAGAUUCCAACUUGGACCACACCACUCAUUCUUAUCGUUCUGACCAGCAUACUCAUCCCGCACGUCAGUCUUGUGGGCCACCUGUGCGGUGCAGGCCUCGGCUACCUCUGGGCUUCCGGAUACAUCAAGUUCCUUGUACCACACGAGAAGAUCUUGAGAUGGAUUGAGACGAAACUGAACCUGCUCGGAAGGUUACCGCACUACGUCAGUGUCGACCAAAAGACAUACGGCCGCUACGGCGUGCUCCCAACUACGAGCGUGCCGCUGAGCAAUAGGACUCCUGACGGUGGACAACGACUUGGGCCGUAG